AGAGAAACCUACCAGAUCAGAGUCAUUUCAUUCAUUGCACUAAUAAUAACGUUUAAAAGAGAGUGGCCGAGAAAAAACAAAUUCAGACGUGGAAUGGAUUUUUAGUUUUCUAAACUUCCCCAGACACACAUAUCCGCAGUUACAUGGUUGCGUGAUUUCCCCGAAAAUAGCACCACCUCGAGCGGAGGGUGCGGACCCGUUAGCUGAGUAAGCGCCACCCGACACUCCCAGAAGGACUAUAAAUAGAUAUCUGGUCCUUCCUUCCUUAAGUGAUUUGAGCAUCAUUUUCCUUUCGAGCUUGACAGGUUAAGGUAAAGAUGGGAAUAAUUGAGGAUCCUCUGGACGCGCUGAGGCCUUUAAUGGCGGCCUACUCUCCUCCUCUUGAUGCUCUCAUUGUGCCUUCCGAAGAUGCGCAUCAGAGUGAAUAUGUAGCAGCAUGGGAUAAAAGGCGUGCAUAUGUGUCUGGGUUUACUGGUAGUGCUGGUUUAGCCCUUGUAGUGAAGAAUGAAGCUCUACUUUGGACCGAUGGUCGUUAUUUUUUACAAGCUACACAGCAGUUGAGUGAGCGUUGGAAGCUUAUGCGCAUUGGUGAAGACCCAAUGCCGGAAACUUGGAUAGCUGACAAUUUGGAUAAAGAUGCCACCAUUGGUGUGGAUCCAUGGUGUUUAUCAGUGGAUACUGCACUUAGAUGGGAGAAGGCAUUUAUGAAGAAGGGACAAAAGCUUGUUCAACUAGAGAGAAAUUUGGUAGAUGAAGUUUGGCGGGAUCGACCUUUGCUUGAAAUAUCACCUAUCUGCAUACAUCCUCUGGAAUUUGCAGGGCUAUCUGUUCAAGAAAAAAUAUAUGAUUUAAGGGCAAAACUUGACCAGGAGAAAGCUGGAGCUAUAGUCAUCACUGCACUUGAUGAGGUUGCUUGGUUGUACAACAUUCGUGGAUCUGAUAUAGCUUACAAUCCAGUUGUACAAGCUUUUGCAAUUGUGACCAAAGCCUCUGCUUUUGUAUAUGUUGACAAGAAGAAAGUGACACCUGAGGUGGAGAAAUAUCUUGCUAAAAAUGGGAUAGAAAUACGGAAUUACGAGGUAAUAGUAUCAGAUUUGGAUUUGCUUUCAUCUGGUCCAUUGUUGGGAUCUACAAAAAAUGGAGUUCUGGAGGAGCCUACAAAUCUGGAGGAUAAAAGGGAUAAGGAUACAGAACAUGAGGAGAAAGAAGGAGUUCAAAGUGACCCAUCUGAAAAUGAAGCAACAAAAGAGAAACAUAAUCUAAUAUGGAUUGACCCGGCAUCAUGCUGUUUUGCUUUGUACACAAGGUUGCCAUCUCAUCGGGUGCUGCUGCAACAGUCACCUCUAGCUCUAUCAAAAGCCUUAAAGAAUCCUGUGGAGCUUGAAGGUUUAAGGAAUGCUCAUAUACGUGAUGGAGUUGCGGUUGUGAGUUAUCUGUCUUGGCUUGACAGACAGAUGCAAGAGAUAUAUGGAGCUGCUGGCUAUUUUUCUGAAGUCAAGGGGACAAACAAACGGAAGUACUCUGAGACAGCAAAGCUGACUGAGGUUUCAGUGAGUGACAAGUUGGAGGCGUUUCGAUCAGCACAAAAGUAUUUUAAGGGGUUGAGCUUUCCAACCAUUUCAUCAGUUGGUCCAAAUGCUGCCAUCAUUCACUAUGAACCAGAGCCUGGGAAAUGUGCUGAGUUACAACCUGAGAGUAUUUAUUUGUGUGACUCUGGAGGACAGUACCUAGAUGGAACAACAGAUAUCACACGAACUGUGCACUUUGGAAAGCCUUCAGCACAUGAAAAAGCCUGCUAUACUACGGUUCUCAAGGGGCAUAUUGCACUUGACUCUGCAGUUUUCCCUAAUGGCACCACAGGCAAUGCUCUUGAUGUUAUUGCAAGAGUACCUCUAUGGAGGAGUGGUCUUGACUAUCGCCAUGGGACUGGCCAUGGAAUCGGGUCAUACCUCAAUGUCCAUGAAGGACCACACUUGAUCAGCUUCAAGCCUCAUGCUCGUACUGUGGCUCUUCAAGAUUCAAUGACAGUAACUGAUGAACCUGGCUAUUAUGAAGAUGGAAACUUUGGUAUAAGACUGGAGAAUGUACUCAUUAUCAAGAAGGCUGACACGCAAUUUAACUUUGGUGGAAAGGGAUAUUUGGCAUUCGAGCCCGUAACUUGGGUUCCAUAUCAGAAUAAGCUGAUUGAUGUGUCUAUGCUAACACCUGCUGAGGUUGAUUGGGUAAAUAAUUACCAUAUUGCAUGCCGUGAAAAAUUGAGGCCAUACUUGAAAGGAGUAGACCUAGAAUGGCUUGAAAAAUCUACAGAGGUGGUAUCUUAUUAAAGAUUUAUUCUGAAUAUGUUUUAUAUUGUCAGGCUACAUAUAUCUAAAACCAUUUAAAUAGUCCCACCUUGGGAAGCCUUAUUAGUAUUGGCGCAAAAGUAAAAUGUAUACAUUAUUAUUUAUUAAGGAAUUUUUUUCAAAAUUUAUGAACAAAAAGCACUAGAUUACAGAAUUCAAAUGCGUUAAACAUCUGGUCAAUAAUUUCAAAGCAUUAUUGAUUGAAAAAUGGUUUACGCUUACACUAAAUUUGAGGUUCUUUUAGAAGA